CGUUGCUGCGCUUUGCCGCGCGCCUUCAGAUCAUCACAACGUGUGAUCGAGCGGAGUCGUGUGGGUUGGGGGGCACUUGUGCCGACUGUACAUGUUCAUUAGACAUGCAAUGCGCCAGCAGACCGGCUCUGAUCAUGUCUCAUGCGAGGCAUCUGCACAGUCGACCCAGUCUGUCAAGAGCGGUUCUAUGGAGCUAUCUGCCCACGCCGGUACGAUACACGAUCGGUCUGGCGCUACAAGAAGGUCUUGUUGAAUACUAUUCCUCGCUCCGUCAGCGUGGCCACGAGAGUCGCUCCGACGGUCUCUUGCUCCUCCUCGAGCAUACGCCAGUCUACACGACCGGUAGACGAGACUUGGCUCGACAAGACGAAGCGAGCCAAGCUAGGGAAAGGGAGAUACAGGCAGAAGCAGAGCGGCUCAGGUUGACCGGGGCAGAUUAUGUGAGGACUCAACGGGGAGGACAGACGACGUAUCAUGGUCCAGGUCAGCUCGUGGGCUACCCCAUCCUUGAUACUUCCUUGCUCGCAAUGUCGACGCGAGAGUAUGUCGACGCACUGCAGCGUUUCCAAGUAGGCUUGCUGCGCAGUCGAGGCGUCAGAACGAUAGACUCGCCUCAUACUGGCGUCUUCACCUCUGAGUCGGCGAAAAUUGCGUCUAUUGGGAUCCAAAUCAGGCAUCGCAUCAGCUCGCAUGGCUUCUCGAUCAACAUCGAGGAUAGAGUGCGCUCUCGGUUCGCAGAGAUUGUCGCUUGCGGACUCGCCGACGUGCGAGCCACGAGCGUAGAGUCACAGACCGGCACAGCCUUGUCAGUGCGAGAUAUCGUGCCUCAAGCUGUCAGUACUUUCGGCCAGACGUUCAACCGCGAGAUGGUGCAACUCAGUGAGCAGGACCAUCCUGAGUUGCAAGAGCUCAUCUAUCGGCAUACAAACAAUGGCUAGCCAAUUGUGCUUGCUCUGUUGUAAGGGAGGGUCAGCAAGAGCAAGUGGGCAUCUAGCAGGCGCGUACAAUGGUGAUCCUCACCGCCGUGCUCGCCAUGAUCGCCGUGUCCAUGCGCUUCCCACGGUAGUGCACCAAAAAGAACAGGUCCAUCCUCCUCUCUGAAUCUAUAGAAGAUGAAGAACCACAUCGUUGCACCUGUCCGCGCAUGUCCUGUCAGUGUCUAUAGAGGCUCUUGCCGCUCGAGCCGACCCAGUGCUUUGGCGGUUGCAGUGUGCCAUAGAGACGGCAUGGGAGGCACGAAGCCAUUGUAAGGACCUCCCGAG